AUGUAUACCGUAGGGCUUCAAUCUGCCGCAGAUGCUUUCCUCCUCGCGAGCUUACAGGCCCAGCUCGUUAUUGCUCUCGUCCUCCUCUUUAUUAUUAUCGUCUUCGGGAUUGGCGCACACAAAGAUGACGGUCAUGACGAAAAUUCACCAGUCUUUCUUCCAGGUCACCCCUUAUUGUCAAUAGUACCAUUUUUUCGCAAACGCUUUGACUUUCUCAACUCUGGGUUUCGCAUUACUGGACAGUCCUUGUUCCAAUUCAAUCUCCUCCGCGAUACGGUCGUUGUCGUCUCUGGCGAGUCGGCACGAAAGGCGUUUUUCGCUAACAAAGGUUUUGACCUCACCGAAGGCUUCAAGGUCCUUUCAGGCGCUAUUCCCAUGGUCCGUGGAGUGACUUCCGAUCUCCAGACCCGUCGAAUCGCCUUGAUCCAUAAACGCCUUUCCGCCGUUCAGAAGAACGAACCGCUUAACCAGUUAAUUGUCCCAAUUCUUGAAGACACACAGCGGGUCAUGGAUUCGUGGGGUUCUUCUGGGACUUUCGACCCGUUUGAUAAAGUCUAUGAAUUAAUUUUCCAGACCACUGUUCGCUCCCUGUCUUGUGCGGAGCUGGCAGAUGACCCCGCAAUUGUCGCUCGUCUCAAGAAAUUAUAUGACAAACUCGAUAGUGGAACCACCCCUGCCACUGUACUCCUACCAUGGUUUCCUGGACCAAGCAUGAUAAAGAAACUUCUAGCAACGAAGGAAAUAUAUGACAUUGUUGUCCGUGCCAUUGACGCCCGAAUAGCAAGCGGCAUUUCUCGUAACGACUCCUUACAGAUGUUACUUGACGCUGGAGACGAAAAAUUGGUGGUUGUCGGGUUUAUCAUGGGACUUCUGAUUGCUGGCGCACGAGCUACUGGUACCACAGCGUCUUGGCUCAUUACCUUCCUUGGAGGCCAUCCAGACUGGAGAGGCAAGGCGACAGAUGAAAUCAAGCGGCUUCUCGAAAUGUACUCCCCACCAGAAAGUACUUCGGCCAAACCUUCUCUUUCUUCACACCUUGCUUCCAUUCCCUUAGAAGCAUGGGAGGCAGAAACCCCUGUACUCGACGCAAUCAUUCACGAGACUCUUCGCGUAGCCCAGCCACACACGGCUAUGCGCCGGAACCUUGGCCCUGAAGUCUCUAUUGACGCAAAGACGAUUCCGUCGGGAGCAUAUAUCAUGUACCCGUUCAGCGAUGUCCAUUUAAAUCCAGAACUAUAUCCCGAUCCAUGGAAGUUUGAUCCAGGACGCAAGGAGGAAGUGCAAACCGCAUUCGGAUACGUUGGAUGGGGCGGUGGAAAAACCAUUUGCUUGGGGCAGCGCCUUGCCAAAGUGGAACUAAAACUUAUUACCUCAAUGUUUCUUCUAGGGUUUCGCUAUGAUGUGGUUGAUAGCACCGGAAAGCGGCCCGAACCUCUACCACAGCCCAACUGGAAUGAUAUUCUUCUAUGUCGCCCUGCCAAAGGAUCAUGUUAUCUGAAGUACGAGAGGUCAGAGCUUCCGCUAUAGGUCGGACAGACUUGUUUUAUUCCAGGAUUUUUGCACUUUCGGACUCAUCAUGAACAUCAUGCACAAUGUACUUUCAACGCACUCUUUAAACACUAUUAUUAUUAUUCAUCUACUUUUAGGACCUUGUUAUAAUGUACUUUGACGCUCGCUAUAAUUUCCAUUCCUUUCCCCUUCAUUCAUUAUAUCUCUGCUAGCGGAUAUGUAUUCCUUUAAUUAUGUAGUAUACCACCAGCUAAUAUGCCAACAUGCACAAUAGUAUGUUCUUUCGGACCUGAUCCUCUCUAUCGAUCGGCGAUCACAGGGUGAUACCCAUCUCCUAAGGUACGACUUCUCAAUUUACUUCUCACCUUGAAGAAAACGAGGUUGCGAACCGGAGUUAAAGAACGAAGCGAUGAUGAUGCAAGGAACACCUCGGGCCCGCUACUGGAAAUAAAGCUCGUCUCCGGAAUUGACGCCUCUGGUGGGCCGAUCCUUUUGCAUAGGUUUCGCCCUAUCCAUCCCAUCUUUCGCAGCUUCCAAUAUGAGCUCUAACUUCUGCUUCUUUUCCUCCAGCCGAUUCUUCAGUAUCCGCUCUUCUCUUGUGCGCCUCUCCCUUUCAGCCAUUUUUACCCUCUUCUCUCUCGUAGGCUCCCAUUUACUCCGUAGAAUUCGACGCACAGCUUCAGGGCUAAUUUUGAAUUUUUCGGCCAAUACCGGUGUCGAGAACAUAUCUUUAUCGUACAUAUGAAGAGUGCGCAGCCCGUCCAUAGCUUCACGAGAUAUUUUUCGGGGCGGUUUCCAGCCAUCAGGGAAUGCUUCCUUCAAUGUGAGCCGAUGCUGCCGCCAUUCAUUGGGUGUCUCGUCUUGUGUAGCAUACUUUCGUGGCCGAGGAGGCGGUUCAUCAUCAUCUUCGCUCAGAUCGAGCGGUUCAUCUUCCCCCUGAACAAGUGAUAGAGGAUUGGGGUGACCAGUUGAACGCCAGUCGCGCUGCCUUGGUUCUCUUAUGGAUGAUGAAUAGAAGCGAUGAAACGAGGUUCUGAACGAACACGAGGACCUUUGACUGAUGGCAGGGAGAUGAUGAAUGAAUGAAUGAAAGGCCUGCAGCAUUGUGAUGGUGGUUUUGAAUUUUGGACUC